ACCUGCCCAUACCAAACAAUUCAACCUUGCCCUCAACCCAGCACACCACACCAGACAGAGCAGCAAGCGAAGAGAGGGAGUCAGUCCACAGCGCUCUCACCGUGCAUGCACCUGAACCUACAGGCAACAGGAGUGAUUGGAACUCUCGCAGGGAUGGGGAAGCUGUCCGAGUGGUUGACCAGGAAACAGAGGCCCGAUGAUGACAUCGUCAGCAAGGGGGUCGUGUGGAACGCGAGAGGAGAGAUGCAGAGCUGCCUGUUCUGCGACUUCGCAAACCACACCAAGGAGAAGGAGCUCCUGUACGAAGACGACCUCGUGAUCGCGUUCAGCCCGUUGAAGCCGGCGGCUAAGCAACACAUUCUCGUGGUCCCCAAGAGGCACAUCUCGACCGUUGGGGAUUUGGUCGAGACCGACACACCACUGCUGGACAGGAUGAAGGAGGUCGCGGUGAAGCUGCUCAAGUGCGACGCCUCGCAAACUCAGCUCAGCUUCCACAUACCCCCGUGGAAUAGCGUUGACCACCUCCACCUCCACGCUCUCGAGACACCGUUCUUGUCGUGGUGGAAUGGUCUGCGGUUCUCGGAGGGAAAACCGUGGUGCGCGUCCUUCGAAGGGGUGAGGUACUGGGCGUCGGGCGCCGGAGCUCAGGAGGAGAAGGAGAGCGUUCCCGAAACGAAGGACGCAGAGGAGAAAUGCUGAUUGGUUAGUUGGUUUUACUGUGGCGGCCGUGACCCGGAGGGUUGUGUUGGCGUGUCCGAUAUCCAAAGGUUACGCCACCGCUUGUCUUGCAUCGCAUGCGCGAUAGGCAAGAGUUUUUCUGAAAAGUCGUUUCGGGUCCGGUACAUCGUUUUUUGUCGAAGUGAACAGGGGUGCAAAGCGGUCCCCGCGCCACGGGAAGUUGAGGCGGAAAGGAACCGUGGUUGAUUAUGAAUGGCAAUAGCGUACGCGCUGACGGAGAAGAGUUCAUGCUGACGUGGCGGUGUAUUGCGUGAGUCGAUGAAUGACAUCACAAGGAUACCCUUCGCCGCACUGGGGACGCGAGGGAUGUGUCUGGUGGGGACCCCGAUGGGUCGGUAAAGGUGGGCACCCGAUAACUUGGUACACGGCGGGGCCGGUUAUCUUUAGUAUGCAAGACCUGCGUCGCUUGCUCUUGUUCCCUCUGGUUGUUCAAGUGACGUUCGUUUGGGGCGUCGUCUGUGUGCCGAGCUCGGCGGCAUCGACUGACGGGUGAUCUAGAUUUUAUCCAUCCACGGCUUUCACUUUUUUAUGUAUAUGGUAGUUUCGUAUUUUCUGAUGGGGUGUGUGGGUGCGUAUGUUUUUCCCCUUCUGCAUUGCUACAGACGCUGCUCUAUUCCUUAGGAGUAGGAGAGGGGUGGCCCCUCUGUUCCUUAGUGUUUGUUCACCGCUCACGCGUGCAGUAUCGGUUUGAUGGUUUUUCUACGGA